AAAUGGAUGUCAGCGCCGCAUGCAGUUUCUUUUGCGACCCAAGGUAAUCUUGGCAGUGACCCCACUGUCGGUGAGUGAUUCCCUGCUUUCGACGAAUCUCCCUUGAAUCUAUGGUCAAAUGUUGAGUUCGCGCAGUGACCUCCAGGCCAUAUAAACCAGACCAACUUUCUCUCCUCCGUCCACUUACUCCUCCACUCACUCAUUCACUCACUCACACUCUCUCUAUUCAAACUAUUGUCAUUCGUUUCUUCAGUCACUCUUUCACCCAACUCGUUCGUUUUACUCGACUCUAGUAGUCUCCCUCGUUUACCGAAUUUUCCUUAUAUACUCAUCAUGAAGUGGUACACGCUCGUUCUCGCUGCCUCUGCUGCCCUGGUUAUGGCAUCACCUAUUCCAACCUCUUCUAUCUCACCAAAUGGGCCGUGCCCUCAAUCUAAAGUCGAUGCUAUCCUUAAAGGCGACAUGGAUGCAUCCGAAUGCUGCUCAUACGGCAAAUGCAAGGGCGAUGUAGUCAUCUCGGUUGGAGAAUAAGACUGUAUCGCCUCAACUCACACACUCACUCGAACUUAACGACGUUACGAACACACCACUGCAUACUAGCAUACACAGUCCUUGUCUGAACGACCGCAACACAGGCUACAAGAGAGAAUCCAGCUCUUGUUCCUACACUCCACGGAUUUCAUACCCAAAGUUCUGUCAGAACCAACACGUUCAGUCUACCAGAGUCCAUAUUCAUUUCUCGAUUCUUUCUUACAAAAAUACAUGGAUGCUUAAGCACGUGGCUGUCAUCCUGGGCUUGGUGAUAUACAGGAGACUCAACCUAGUGUACUAAGGAGAAUGUAUUACAACUGCAGGAGAAAUGAUUUAGAUGGGCUGGCUUGGAAGAAUCACGAGAAACAUCAACUACAAUUGUCACAUAUCAGGCAGGAUCUGAAACGAAUACCAUAUGAUUUGUUAAACCAGAGUAGCAUUUCGAAUAUGCAUUGAUUUGGAAGCCGUGAAAUACCCCUCAAGUUACUGCUAAUAUCUACAAAACCCUGCUUUGUGUCCCGGAUCAACAGUUCAGGGCUCGUAUAGGUAGAUCUCGACUAUUUCCGCAAACAGCAUCACCGUCUUAUAAAGUUCACUCACUCACCGACGCUUCGGGCACUAUUCACUGUUGUGCACGAUCGGGUUAUUGGUGAAGUGCGAAUGGCCCAAUUGGGUUGAAUUAAGGCAGUACGAUGUAGUGAAGAAGAAACGGACCGAUUCCUUUCGUCGGGGUGUAGUUUUGAAGCUAUCGUCACUUGGUGACAGGGGCCAAGACUGGCCAAAUCAAAGAAAUUCUUUUUCAUAAUUUUGCCGAUUAACUUGAUACUCUGCUUCCAAAGAGACUUUAUUUCUCGUCUAAGCAACGCGUAUCUCAGCGAGAAUCAGAUAAUACUAACGACGGUCCUGGCCAAGUAUAUUGUGCCCUGGUUGAGAUGCUGGGAUGGUCGAAGCGGAAGAAGUUCGAGAUACUGCACCAUGGACAAAGCCCUGAUAGCAACUCGGCAGAUACGCGCAUUAUAUCCCAUUUGAGCGGAAUAUUCCAUCUGUGAGAACUCCUAUAAGGUCGACAACGGCGGGGAGGUUGCGAUUAAGAAUCAACCACGAAUGGACCGAUAUCGGCCCUCAGUGUCGUAGCAGCAUCAAUUAUGACUUAGAUAGGGGAGUGGAGCGAGAAAUCUCUCAAUGACAUGUUUUCUAUUAUGUCUGAAGCGCUGAACUAUUUUAUGAUUAGGCAGUCUUCUUAGACAGUGAUAUCACUUUUAAUCAUGCGCCCCGUGAGGACCACUGUAAUGCAACAACAAUGAUGUGCUUCAAGACAUUUAAAUUGGGAACAUCGUGAUAAACAUACGAUGAGAUGCACAGUGAACCUGACACAAAUUCGGACCAUAAAGGCGAAUGAGAAUCGAGAUUGUUGCUCGUGAGGAUCGACACUCGGUGGAAACGGGCUGCAUUAUACAUCUCCUCGGUGUCGAAUAAGAGUUGAUUAUGCAUCUCGUCUCUUGCGUAUGGGUACAUAAAAUAGCCUCAACUUCUUUGCUUCUGGAGUAAAACAUGUAGGAGGGUAAAGGACAACAUCUUAAAAUUCAC